AUGGGGAGGGUGGUUGUUGCCAGCGUUAUUGGUGUAUAUUGGCUGAUACUGUAUAUAGUCUGUAUGGGUCUCAUCGGAUUUCCCUUGCUUUACCUCGAAGCUGCCCUUGGACAAUACGUUCAUGCAAGUGCUCUUACCAUAUUCGAUCGAAUAGCUCCAAUAUGUGUUGGGAUUGGUGUCUCGUCAACAAUCACGUUAUUCCUCUGUUGCUUGAUCGACCAUCAUCGAUUGAUAAUAAUGUUCUUAUCAACCCUCGACUCAAUCAACAUUUUCGCUGACAAACUACCAUGGCUAGAAUGUCUACACAUGGAAAAUCGCGAAGAGUGCACGUCAUUAAGACGCAAAUGCUCUGCUAAGCUACCACCAGUGGACGAUUUCGACGCGGACUCUGGGCCAAUUUCGUAUGCAGGAGAUUUCAACUCCAUGCUGAACGUCUACACUUCCAUUGGUGACACAUGCUUUCAAACAAAGAUGCGAGCCAUGUAUAAGAGAUAUGAUCGGAAAAGUAACUGGCUGCUAUCGCUACCAGUUAUCGAUUACUUGUGA